UUGCAAGAUGUCCCGAAUAUUUCGUCGGUCCCUCAGUUCCUUCAAAAGAGCUCCUCAGUCACUCCCAAUUGCUGAGGAUAGCGCACAAUUUGCUGCUCACUUGAAUAACAUCCUCCCCUCCCUCCAUUUUCCUCCCGAGCUUGCACAACGUAUCCUCACCCAUGGAAGUCACAAGGCAGCUAUUCACGGUCAUAAUGGACGGCUCAGCUUCGUAGGACGUCGCGUGCUCGAGUCUUAUUAUAUGCUCUUCCUACAUUCCGUCGCGCGAAACCAAAAUCAGCACGACUAUGAGUAUCUCUCUUCUCGUGCUCUAAACACCUACCUUCUGGGCGAACACGUUGCUCCUCGGUGGUCCUUGGGUCGUGUUCUGCGAUGGACUCCUACUGUCUCUCAAGAUGUUUUACUGGCCCACAAAAAUGUAAAAAAAUCAUCUGCAAAACAGCUCGCAGAUGUUGAGCUAGAAAAUGCAUUAACGAGAAAUCCUGGUAUAGUCAGAAGUGUCGGUCUUUACAAAGUCAUGGGAGAAGCUGUACAGUCCGUGAUGGGUGGUGUCUAUCAUCAAUUCGGUGGUUCUGUGGCUCAUCGCUUGUUUCACACUCGUAUUCUACCCCAUAUUCUGUUGCCAGACAAGGCUGAGGGUGUGCCUGUGGAAUUCCAUCACCAGGCACUGACAAUUUGUGAACGCAUGGGUGGCGUGGACGGGAACUUGGUUCAGGAGCUUGCCUCAAAUCGUGCUCUUUCAGAACUUGAGCUCGAGGCUGUAGAGACAGUUCAGCCAAAAAGAGUUGCUACUGCUAGCGCAUGAGUGCACAUGACUCUCACUUUCUAUCGUGUUUAUUCUAUGGAUCGCAUUAAUUGCAACAACAUUUUAGUAGUCUUGCUGGCGUGUCACUCGAGAGCAAGACAUUAUGACAGUGCCGCCUAUAAGACAAUCGACUCUACCGAUGCGCAGGCGUAACGCAAGGACAGAGCAACAAUUGUACUUGAGGUAUAGGCAUUUCAUUGAUGGCUAGCCAUUCAGACACUAUAAUGCACACGGAUGAAUAGAUAGCUAACAGAUCAGUAUCUGUUUUCUACUGCAAUGAAAGUACGUUUAAUAGCAGAGUCGCUCCU